AUGAGCUUCAUGGACGAGAAGCAUCAGAGCCCUUCGAGCUUUCGAGCAUCAACGUUAUACAUCCUACUCUGCUGCUGUGUAGCAAGCUUUAGUGAUGUUUUCACAUAUGCAGUGCUGCCACCAGUCAUUCCUUUUGCGCUUCCAGAAAAGGCUGGAGCCCCACAAGACCAAGUGCAGAAAUGGGUCGCAAUAUUGCCAGCAGUCACAGCAGGAGCAACAGUGCUGGCUAGUCCGUUCGCCGGUUGGAUGGGAGAUCACUGCAGCCGAAGGAAGCCACUGUUCGUGGCAGCGAUUUUCUUUCAAUGGGUCGGCAUCGCACUCGUUACUGCCGGUCAGCACAUCGCGCUCUGGAUCUCUGGUCUCGUUAUGUUCGGAAUAGCAUCUGCGGUCGUAUGGGCCACGAGCCUCGCGCUCAUCAUCGAUCAAGUUGCGAGAGAAAAAGUGGCUCAGUCGUUAGGGUUUACAGGACUGAGCCUCUCCCUGGGCAUCUUCUUGGGCCCUGUGCUCGGCGGACUGAUCUACGAACACGCGGGACAUUAUGCAGUAUGGGGUACUGUCUUUGGCGUUUCUGUGGUGGACCUGCUGCUGCGAAUGUUCCUUAUCGAAUCGCCAAAGGCCAUCGUUCCAGGAAGGCACUCCUCGCCAGCACAUCGCUUCGCGGCGCUGCAGCUCUUUCGUUCGCCGCGAAUGGUCUGCGCGUUGUUGGGGGCAUUCGCGCAGGCAACAAUUCUGACUUCCUUCGAUGCAUCGCUCACCAUCCACGUUGGCAAAGUCUUUGGGUGGAAAUCAACGGCUGCGGGUCUGCUGUAUCUGGCCUUUUGCCUCCCAUCAUUUGCCAGUCCGGCGAUCGGCAUGCUUGCAGACAGGUUUGGCGCAAAGCUCGUGCUCUUCGUAGCAUUCCUGCUUUCUACGCCGGUACUUGCGUCAUUACAAUUUGUUCAGACGAACGACAUUUCAGACAAAGUACUGUUGGUGGCUCUGCUGUUGCUGCUGGGAGCAUUGCUUGGCUCGACCAUUUGUGUCUUCAGCGCCGAAGUCAGCCAUGUCGUGAGCGAGAUGGCUGAGCGCACGCCGGGCAUAUGGGGACACAAUGGGGCGUUUGCUCAAGCGGAGGCAUUGUGGUGGGCAUCGUAUACCCUUGGACUGGCAGUGGGUCCUCUAUGGGGAGGUUUCGUUCAGGAUGCUGCUGACUGGUCUGUGUUGAGUCUGUCAUUGGCCUUGUUGAGUUUGGUCGCGUCAUUGCCAGUCAUUGUGUUCGUUGGCGGCACGUUGUCGUUCGGUACCAGGCCAGGAAGGACAAGAGAUGCUCCGUCAGGUAACGGCAGUUUCAGUAGUACCGGUAUACAAACAACAGACGUCUGA